UGUAUUUGUGUUGUAAUCAUGUUGGACUUGUAUUUCUUUGGCAUAUAAAUAUAUGAGGGGGGAGGCCGUGACAUUGAUCACGCAGCCUAAAAUUCUAUUCGGCUUUCAUGGUAUCAGAGCACCAGCCGAUCCUACCCCCCCUCUAAACCCUAAAUUUUUCGACACCCUCCCCCCGCCGUCGCGAUGACUCCCGACGAGAUCGCCAAGCUCGAAGCCGAGCUGAAGCAGCGCGAAUCCCUCCUUCAGGCGCGCAAGGAUGAGCUCGACCGCCGUGCUGCCGAGAUCGGCAAGGCCGUCGACAGCAACCCUACCCCCCAAAACCCUUCCACCUACGUCCCUUCCGUCAAGACCAUCGUCGCCAUCACCCUUGAUCUGCAGGACUCCAACUACAUCAAGUGGCGCGAGCUCUUUCUCGUCGCCCUUGGACGUUACGGCCUCACCAGCCACGUCACCGGCAUCGCCGACGCCACGCCCUCGGACACCUCCCCCACCUCCGAUUGGGCGCGUGACGACUUCACCGUCCUCUCCUGGAUCUACGGCUCGAUCUCCCCCGAGCUCUUCGGCAUCGUCAUCUCCCCUGGCUCGACGGCGCGGCAGAUCUGGGACUCCAUCGCCAACCUCUUCCACGACAACAAGAAAAGCCGCGCCCUUGCCCUCGACGCGGAAUUUCGCAACACGCCACAAGGUGACAUGAGUGUCCAUGAUUACUGCGCCAAGCUCAAGUCUCUUGCCGAUGCUCUCGGUGACGUUGGUGAGAAGAUCUCGGAUGACACCCUCGUCCUCACGGUUCUCCGCGGCCUCAACGAACAAUACAGCCACCUCCGCGCCUUCCUUCCCUACCAGGUGCCGUUCCCCACGUUCUUGCGGACGCGCUCCGCCCUGGUUCUCGAGGAGGCGCAAAAGAAGACUGAUGCCAAGCAUGCGGCAUCCACUGCGCUCUGGGCCAGCGGCAAUAGUGUGCUUCCCAACGGCGGCAACUCAUCGCACGCCGGGGGCGCCCCUCCUCCUGCCGGCCCUGGCGGUGGUCCGUCUCAUCCACGGACUCCCUCGCCCCUCCAGCCCGGCGUCUUCACCAACUUCAGCCGGGGUGGUGGCAGCGGAGGCCGCCGUGGACGCGGCGGAGGUCGCGGCCGUGGCCGUGACAGCAACAGCCCUUGGAUGUUUAAUCCCUGGUACCGGCCUCCCUACGCGCGCUCAUCAACUCCAGCAGCAGCAGCCGGCGAUGCCCUCCUCCUGGCAGCCCCGUUGGCGCGCUCCGACCCCCGGCGUCUUGGGGCCUCGACCAGCUCUGCCACCGUACCAGGCGUACACCGCCACCGGCUACCAGCAUCCCUCCAGCAACAUGAUGAUCGCUCAGCAGCCGCAGCAGCAACAACAUAUUGACCCAGCUCUUCUUACAGCUCUCCAGAAUUUGCAGCUCCCUGGCGGCCAGGAGUGGGUCAUGGACUCCGGCGCCUCGUCUCAUAUGGCAUCCGAUCACGGAUCUUCUUACCAAGACCGUGAUUCUUCGAUGCAAUAGUCCCGGUCCUCUCUACUCCAUCUGCCGCCCACCAGAAGCCCAGACUCUACUUGCCACUUCAUCAACCGAGCUUUGGCAUCGUCGCCUUGGACACCCCGGCCAUCCCACCAUGCAACGUCUUCAUCGGCAACAACAUAU